ACAUACACAAAUACCAAUCUCCUCCCUUCCAUUUUCUUACUACACAGAAGGAAGAAAGAAAAAGAAGAAAAAAAAAAAUGGUGUCGGAGACCGCAUCUGAUCCGAGCUCGGCAUCCCCGAUCAAAACCGUGGUGAUCCUGGUCCAAGAGAACCGCUCGUUCGACCACAUGCUGGGCUGGCUCAAAACCAUCAACCCGGAAAUCGACGGGGUAACCGGUUCCGAAUCCAACCCAAUCUCCACCACCUCCAACUCCAACCUGGUCUACUUCAAGGACCAGGCCGCCUACGUGGACCCGGACCCGGGCCACUCCAUCCAGGCCGUCUACGAGCAGGUCUUCGGGGUCGAGUGGACCGCCGAGUCAGCUGCCGCCCACCCGGCCCCGAAGAUGAACGGGUUCGCCCAGAACGCGGAGCGGACCCUGAAGGGGAUGGCCGAGACGGUCAUGAACGGGUUCAGACCGGACGCGGUCCCGGUCUACAAGGAGCUGGCCGAAAACUUCGCGGUCUGCGACCGGUGGUUCGCGUCCGUGCCGGCCGCCACGCAGCCGAACCGGCUGUACGUUCACUCCGCGACGUCGCAUGGGGCGACGAGCAAUGACACGAAGCAGCUGGCGGAAGGGUUCCCGCAGAAGACGAUUUUUGAGUCGAUGGAGGAAGCUGGGCAUAGUUUCGGGAUUUAUUAUCAGUAUCCUCCUGCUACUCUCUUUUACAGGAACCUGAGAAAGCUGAAGUACAUCGACAACUUCCACCAGUUCGACCUGAGCUUCAAACGCCACUGCGAGGAAGGCAAGCUCCCAAACUACGUCGUAGUGGAGCAACGGUACUUCGACCUCCUCUCCAUCCCGGGAAACGACGACCACCCUUCCCACGACGUCUCCAAUGGCCAGCAGUUCGUCAAGCAGGUCUACGAGUCCCUCCGCUCCAGCCCGCAGUGGGAAGAGAUCCUCUUCGUCGUCAUCUACGACGAGCACGGCGGCUUCUACGACCACGUCCCCACUCCCGUCGUCGGCGUCCCCAGCCCCGACGACGUCGUCGGCCCGCCGCCUUACAACUUCAAGUUCGACCGCCUCGGCGUCAGGAUCCCCGCGCUGCUCAUCUCGCCCUGGAUCCAACCCGGGACAGUGUUGCAUGGACCUUCAGGGCCGUACCCCAAUUCGGAGUUCGAGCACUCCUCCAUUCCGGCCACCGUGAAGAAGAUCUUCAACCUUCCAGAGUUUUUGACCAAGCGUGAUGCUUGGGCGGGCACUUUCGAAGGCGUGUUGACUGCAUCCGCUGCCAGAACCGACUGUCCACUGAUACUGGGGGAGGCAGUGAAGCUACGAGAAGCCGACGCGAAGGAAGACGCGACCUUGAACGAAUUCCAGGAGGUGAUGGUGCAGAUGACGGCGGCGGUGAUGGGAGAGCACAAGAAGAAGAACUCCACUUACCCGGACAAGCUCGUCAAAGGGAUGACGGUCGGCCAGGCCUGCAAGUUCUGCGAGAGCGGAUACAACUUGUUCGUCGACGAGUGCGGGAAAGCCAGGGCCAACGGGGCCGACGAGAAUGAAGUCAUUUAUUGCUUUGCGGAGGAAGAAGAAGAAGCAGCAGCCGCCAAGCCCAAUAAGUCUGCCGUCCAGAGAUUCUUCUCCUGCUUUGUCUGCGGCAGGAGCUGAAGGCAGACUGAGACUGGGGAGUGUCUAGUUUGCUGCUUUGUGUGUGUACGUAAAUGUAUCUCUUUGUUGUUUGUUGAUUCUUCUUGUUUCAAGGGAGAUUGGAUGUAAUUCGUUUUGUUUCGUAGAUGCAUACUUGUUGUGGAAAUUGUGGAUUUUAGAUUUGUAAGUGAUUAUCAUUUAUUUUUUAUAUAAUACAAACAGUUUUAUUUGUCAGGAUUCGAAUAAGAUUUGUAUCGAUUAAAAGUUUUGAUAUACGCGGUUGAGAAUUGUCCGAUUUUGCCCAAUCAAUAACUUGAGUUGUUCAAAAAUAAGUCCACUAGCAAUCCUUUACCGUUCUAUUACACAUUCUACAUUGUCCAUUUUAUCAACAACCACAUAACUCCUACUCUUUAGGGCUUUUUUCCCUAAAUACACAUGUUCAUAAAAAAAUUCCAAAAUGUAUACAAUAUAAUUUUUUCUCAAUGCACAGUGAAGACGUUCACCUCUUUUCUCGGUUACGGUGAAUACAUCACCGUUUUAAUGAAACACAGUGAAGGGCUUUUAACCAUCACCACUGUUGUGGAAAACGAUGAAGGGCUCACCGCAUGUGUUCAACGCAGUGAAGGGCUCACCGCUUGCGUGCAACGCUGUGACGCGUCGGAUAUGAGAAGAAAAUCAUAAUCCGCACCUCACCACAUCGGAUGACUACGAUGAAAGGGCGGGGGACGCGGACCACUGACAUGGAUCGCAACGCAUUCACUGUUGUUCAUACACGCGGUGAAUGGACUGUGUUCCACGUCAGCGGUCUGCGUCACCCCACCUCUUCACCGCCUCCGUUGGAUGCAGUGAGAUGCGGAUUAUAGUUUUCCUCCCAGAUCCGACGUCUCACAACGUCCCACGUCUGUAAUCCUCGCGCAUCACCACGUUUGAGGAAAGCGGGGUAUUCACUGCAGUCGACUGCUGCGGAGAUUGCACUGUCUCUCUCCAGCGGAUCCUCCUCCUAUAAAUUCCACCCCUCCCCCCAUUCCAAACCACACAAUUCUUCUUUCUGCCUCCCUUCCUCCAGUACUCUAGUUUCGUUCUAAGUAUGUUUGUGGUUGCGGCUAAGCCCGAUCUUCCGCAUCAUAAAGAAUUGCUAGAGUUAUAUCCUACACCCCUCCCCUCUAAAAACUCGUCGGACCUCUGUUCGAAUAUGGACGAAGAGGCUCUUAGGGUACGUAUUUGCUUAUACAAAUCCUGUAUGCACAAAUGUUAAGCAGUUCUUGUCACGUGAAUCUCGACUCAAUUUUCAACAUAGUGGAUUCACCAUCUUCAUAAUCGAUCCCAAUGUCAGAGUUUGUCACCCGAUCAUUUCACCGAAUAAUAAGCUAGAGCUUCUUGAAUUUACUCAUGUAUGCAAUUUAUAAUAAGUAGCGAUUAUCUUUAAUCGAAACAUUUAGUAUAAUUAGUACUUAGGGCGGCACAUACAUAAUGUAUAACAUAAUUUAGGGCUACCGAAAUAAUAGAAUCCAAAACCAUAAACAUCCACAACUAACUAAUCGAAACAUGUAGCCAUAUUAACAUUACUAGUUGUAAUAGUGACUUAGACUCAAAUGAGAAUAAUUUAAAGGUAGAGUUUUAGAAGGAACAUAGUAGAAAGUCAUACUUGCGCACAGUUGCUCGACAACCAUUAGUAACAUUAACCUUCCAUGUAAUUUGAUGGGGUUUAUGAGUUGAGUAAUUGUUGUUGAGUUGAGCUGUAUGCUUCUUUAAUAAAGUUUGACGGUAGAAUGAUAUUAUUGUGUACUUGUGUUUGAUUGAGUUGAUUAUGUAUUGAUAUAUAUCUAUGUUAAAUUAUCUUUUAUUCAAUUAUAACAAUUUAAGAAAAGAUUACGAAAAAU